AUGACUGCAAGCGAAAGUGAAGGAAGUUACGGAGCUAUGUUAAGCUCGUUUACGACUUCCGUGAAGGCCGAUUUGGACAGUCCUGUAACAUCGAAUUUUGGCAAUCGUAUUGCUGAAUAUCGUGCCGAGGCACAGCGAAUUGUUGAAGAAGCUGAGGGUUAUACGGCAGAUUUUGAGCGGCUGCGUAAAGUUGCAAAAGAAGUUGAGGAUACAUUAGUGAUUCUUACAAGGCAACUUCUCACUUUUGGGCAAGCAGCAAAAGAGAUCGCGACUAAAUGGACUUCUAAAUCAGAAUCGCAGUAUGAAUCUGAUGUAGCUGUUAUACUCAUGAAAAUGGAAUGUCAUAUCAAAGAUGAAGCUGAUUUGACGAACUUACAAAUGCGAAAUUGGCAAAGUAAUAUUGUUACCCCGUUCCUAACAUUAGUGGAAAUCGGUCGUGAAAUCCGCAAUCGAGGGGUUGAACGAUCAUGUCGUGAUUAUGAAAAUAAAUAUGUGAAAGCUGAAGCUGAUGCAAGAAAGCAUGCAAAA